AUGUCUCUUGAUAGCGGCAGCGCCACAGCUCCCUCUAGGCCAGCUUCAACAUCCUUGCUUGCGAAAAAGAAAAGAAUCCGAGGAGGCUACAAAGCUCACUGUACAAAAUUAAUAACUGAAGCAAAACAUGUUUUUGAAUCUGAUGAAGUAAAUCUCUUUAAACUCGAACAUUUGUCUGUGUCAUUAAAAGAUAAAUUAACUGUUUUGCGGAGUAUUGAUGAUGAAAUUUUCAACCUCAUUGACGACGAUGAUGUAGAAGCUGCAGUUUUAGAAUCUGAAGAACUUAGGUCUGAAAUUCAGGGAUUUAUUAUAAGAAUAGAUGCAAAACGGGACGAGCUCAAACUAGGAGUAACAAAAAACGUGAGCUCGACAGAAACCUCUUUACCUAGCCGCCAAAUUUCAGUGCCUGAAAAUGCAGCGAAAUUGCCAAAACUUCAGUUACCCAAAUUUCAAGGUGACCCAAGAAAGUGGCCAGAAUGGUGGGAUGCAUUUGACGUGAUUCAUAACAGUACAUCUCUAACUCCCACCAACAAGUUCAGGCAUUUGAAAUCUCUCUUAGAAGGCCCAGCAGAAACAGCGAUUUCGGGUAUACAAAUAACCGGGGCGAAUUAUAACGAAGCAAUAGACAUAUUAAGACAGCGUUUUGCUCAAAAACAAGUUAUCAUGAAUGCACACAUGGAAACAUUACUAAAUCUACAAAAGGUAUCGUCUGACAGGGAUCUUAAGGCUUUUAGAAAGCUGUUUGACACUAUCGAAGUAAAUGUGCGUAGUUUAAAGUCUCUGGGAAUCGAUUUUGAACAAUACGGGGCACUUUUGGUUCCAGUAUUAAUGAGCAAAAUUCCUGAUGAAAUUCGUUUAGAAAUUACGAAGGGGGCAAAGGGUGAAAAUUGGAAGCUUGAUUAUAUCAUGACUAUUUUGAAAGCCGAACUUGAAGCGCGUGAACAAUGCAGCCUUUUGAAGCAAAGUAGUUCUAGCACAAGUAAAAUAAAUGCUGCCAGCGCGCCGUACACAACAUCAGCCUUUUUUUCGUCGGAUGGAAAAAUCACAUGCUCAUUUUGCAAGGGAACACACCAGUCAGCAAAAUGCCACAUUGUUUCCAACCCACAAGCAAGAAAAGAAAUCCUGAGGAAACAAGGACGAUGUUAUGUUUGUUUGAAAAAGGACACUUGUCAAGAGCCUGUUCUAGCAACAUUCGAUGCUAUUCCUGCAAACUACGUCAUCAUGUGA